AUGUCCGGUGGCAACCGGGUUUUCAGUUUUAACCCCGGCGACGACGGGAAUGGAGUAGCUGAGAAUCGACCCAUCUCGCCCAUUCCAUCAUCUGGUGGCGAACACAACCCAGCCCGACAGACUCAAUACAGCGAUGUCUCGCCGGUUUCUGAAUCGCCGCCUCACCACUUCGAAGGUUUAGACUCUUUCUCACAAUCGUAUGGUGAUCGAUCGCGCACAGCCAUGACGGCCACUCCGGGCGUGGAUGAUCUGGGCCCAGCAGCGGCGGGAGGUGGAAUUGGUGGAAUCGCCCUGGGUAUCGCGAAUAACCAUGACCGUCAGAGUGGAAUCGAGGCUUUUCGGGGCACGGAUGGGAAUGGCGAUGGGUAUGUUGGUCCUCCGGAACGAGGGUUUAAUACCACCGGAUCGGAUACGCCGUAUAUUCCUACACCACCGGCUCGGGGGGUAGCGUUCGCAGGGAGUACGGAUACACUCAGGCCGAGAGAUUCUUACGGUUCGAAUGUCCCUCUGGGAGCCGCGGGUGCUCCCGCGGGUCAGGGAAGUCCUGGACAGCUUGGGGCGUUGAAUCCUUCCCAGCACAAUCUGUUGGAGCAGUCCGGGGAUCCGUAUCAGGGUGUUGGGCCUUUGAAUGCCGGUCCAUAUCAGCGACAGUCUGCUUAUGGGUCUGGAGAUUAUCCUGUUGAUAUCAAUCCGGACGAAAUCGCCGAUGAUGGGGAUGACGGGUUCCACCCCGCCCCAGCGGAUACUCGCAGAUCGCAGGCGGUUCCGGCCGCGGCAGCUGGAGGAGCUGCCACUGGGGGUAUUCUGGGAGGAUUGGCAGGUUUGUUCAAGGGGAAGAAGUCUGCUGCUGCCGCUGCUGGUGACAGUACAUCUUAUAACCCAGUCCCAGGUGCAGGUUUGGAGGCCGGUGAAAAGAGUCGAUGGGCACAACCGACAGCAAGUGCGGGGAGCAAGAAGCGAGCUUUGAUCGUGGGACUGAUUCUCGGGUUCAUCGUUGUUGGGGCUAUUGUUGGAGGUGCUGUUGGUGGUAUUCUGGGUCACAAAGAGAACGAAAAGCCGGAAAAAACGUCAUCUGCAACGGAAGACUCGGAUUCUAACGGCGACCUCAACAAGAAUUCCAAGGAAAUCAAGGAUUUGAUGAACAACAAGGAAUUGCACAAGGUGUUUCCCGGUGUCGACUAUACCCCGUGGGGUGUCCAGUAUCCGCUGUGUCUCAAGUACCCGCCAUCUCAAAAUAACGUCACUCGUGAUAUGGCCGUGCUUUCUCAAUUGACCAAUACCGUUCGACUUUAUGGUACCGACUGCAACCAGACUGAAAUGGUUCUCCAUGCUAUUGACCGGCUGGAACUGACAGACAUGAAACUCUGGCUGGGAGUGUGGAUUGACACCAACAAGACUACGACAGAGCGACAAAUCAACAAGCUGUACGACAUCUUGGACAACUCCAAUGACACUUCCAUCUUCAAGGGCGCCAUCGUUGGUAAUGAAGCACUCUUCCGCGCCGGCCCUGACACUUCUACCGCCAAGAAGACCUUGAUCAGCUACAUGCAAGACGUCAAAGACCACUUCAAGAGCAAAAGCAUUGAUCUGCCCGUGGCCACGUCUGAUCUAGGAGACAACUGGGACCAGGAACUCGUCAAGGAAGCCGAUCUGGUCAUGUCGAACGUGCAUCCGUUCUUCGCGGGUGUUAGCGUGGACCUUGGAGCCAGCUGGACCUGGGAUUUCUGGCAAGAACACGAUGUCAAGUUGACACAGGGAACGAACAAGAAGCAGGUCAUUUCCGAAGUAGGAUGGCCCAGUUCUGGAGGAAAUGACUGUGGAUCUGGCAACAAGUGCCCGGAUAAAACCUCAGGGUCUGUGGCUGGCAUUGAUGAGAUGAACCAAUUCAUGUCGGACUGGAUUUGUCAGGCGUUGGACAAUGGCACUGAUUACUUCUGGUUCGAAGCGUUCGAUGAACCAUGGAAGGUCCAAUUCAACACCGAAGACCAAAAUUGGGAAGACAAAUGGGGUCUCAUGGACGCAGACCGCAAGGUGAAGCCCGGCCUCAAAAUCCCCGACUGCGGGGGCAAACCGAUCUGA